AUGCACCUCAGCGGCCGGGCCAGGCGGGUGGCGGAAGCGGAAGCGGACGGUGCAGCCGCGGCGGGAGGGAUGAAACCGGCUCCGGGGUGUUGGCUUUCGGGUCUGCCCGUGCUGGUGUUUCUGUUCCUGCUCUUCCUGCUCCUGGAAGCUGCAGGCACCAAGGAUCCCAUCAUCCCGCUCCAGGAGGGCCAUGAUUUCAGCUACAAUAAAUCCCAGCGCUUCUGCUACACCAACACACGCCUCCCGCAAUGGAACGACAUCUGGACAAGGACACAGAUCCACGUCACCAGCAGCCAGAUGAUCCGCAUCACCCAGGUGGACAGCGAGGAGGAGCUGGAGAAGUUCAGCAUGUGGAACACCGUGUUCUCCUUCCUGCGGGGGAAGCUCAACGACACCAGCAUCGACGUGGAUCUCUACAGCAACAAAACCUGCCUCAAGGUCGAGCUGCUGGAGCCCAACACCACCUACUCCGUUAUCCUCUUCCGACGUUUUGAUCCUAAGAUGUUCCUUGUUUUCUUCCUGGGCCUGCUGUUGUUUUUCUGUGGGGACACACUGAGCAGGAGCCAAAUCUUCUACUACUCAGCUGGGAUCAGUGUUGGCUUGUUGGCCUCGCUGCUUGUCCUCAUCUACAUGAUGUCCAAGAUCAUGCCCAAGAAAAGCCCUGUGUACUUCCUGCUGGUCGGAGGUUGGUCCUUUUCCCUGUACCUGCUUCAGCUGAUCUUCAAGAACCUGCGGGAGAUCUGCACAUCCUACUGGCAGUACCUGUUAGGUUACCUGCUGUUUGUGGGCCUCUUGAGCUUCGCUGUGUGCUACAGGUAUGGCCCCUUGGAGAACGAACGCAGCAUCAACCUCCUGUCCUGGGCCCUGCAGCUCCUGGGGCUGCUGCUGAUGUACUCGGGUAUCCAGAUCCACCCCAUCGCCCUGGGCCUGGUGCUCAUUGCCGUCUGCACCAAGAACCUGGAUUACCCCUUGCAAUGGGCCUUCGCUGCCUACCGGAGGGUGCAGAGUUACAAGCUGGGUCCAACCCCCCCUCGGCUGCUGACGGAGGAGGAAUUUCGGCUCCAGGGCGAGGUGGAGACCCGAAAGGCCCUGGCAGAGCUGCGGAGCUCCUGCCAGAGCCCUGAAUUCUCUGCCUGGACCACAGUGUCCCGCAUCCAGUCUCCCAAAAGGUUUGCUGACUUUGUGGGUGGUGCUUCCCAUGUCACCCCCAGUGAGGUGUCUGCGCAUGAGCAGGAGUUUGGCCUGGGAAGAUUCUACAUUGACAAGCAGCUCUUUGAGGAUGAUGAUGAUGAUGAUGAAGAGGAGGAGGAGGAAAAUGUCAAUGACUCUUCUACUGGGAAUCACAGGAGUUAUUCACUGCCCCACAACCAUCUGGAUGUCCAGUGAGGUCAGCUGCCCUGGGACCAAGGAGCAGAACCCCUGCUGGGCUGCUCCAGGAAUGGUGGGGAUGGGUCCUGUGGGGAUGGAUCCUGUGGGGGAUGGACCCUCUCUGACAGGAAGAAAAUGGGGGUCUGACCUCCCUUCCCCUGCAGCUUCUGCCUGAGGUGUGAACACUGUUGUCAGCAGAGCUCUGGGUGUUUUGGGGAUGAGACACAUGGGACCCUCCCCAGGCUGGAAGGUCACCUCGUCCUGGGUGCAACCUGGACUGACCCCAACUUUUGCAGAGGAUGUUUGUGAGCUCCCAGAGUGGCACCCCUGGGGCAGGGACCCUGUCCCAAACCUUGGUGCUUAUCUGGCUCCAUCCCUCAGUGCCACAGCUGUGGGCUGCAGACAGGAGCCCUUUACCCCUUGCUGGACACUGGACCUGGGGUGGGGAUGGACCUUCCCCUCCAUCUCCUGUGCAGGUGCCUGAGGGUAACACACACGAGAGGAACUUUGGACCUGUCCCACUGGUACCUGCAGGCUCAGCACCUGUCUGGAGCCAUGGUGAGGGAGCUGCCAGUGACCUGCUCCUCCUCCUCCCGUUAAAAAUAUGUCAGACGGCUCCAGCUGGUCGGGCCACACCUCUGCCUUGGCUUCAAUCCCGCGUGGAUACCAAAAGCUCCAAUGCUUCCCCGAUGGAGCUGUGGAGCCUUGGGGUCUGCUGGCUGCCCCUGGAUGUGGUAUUGGGGUAGAGGCCAUGCUCAGCCCCCUCUCCCCAUGCCAGAGCUAAGGAUGAGUAUGGAUGUGCUUCCUCCCUGCCUCACUGCCCUUCUCCUGCUGUUACUCCUCUCCCAAUGGGUGCAGGCAGGGGCUGGGGGUGACUCCACCGAUGUUCCAGCUCCCAGUGCUGGCUGGGGAGCUCUGCCAAAGAACAAAGCUGGAGGGGAUGCCCCAAUCUAUGCAACUUCCUAAGCAAUAACACUGCCCUCACCUCCUCACAGUGUCUCAGCUACCCUGGGGACCCCCAGCUCAGUCCCUACCUCGCCUGAAGCUUCUGCCAUCAGUUUGUCCCAGUCUGAUGUCUGUCCCUGUCCCAGCUUUGCUCCUCAGCCCUUGCUGCACUUUCCUCCCUCCUCAGGUGUGAGCAGAUUCUGUUACUCCA